UCUUAUCUUUCCCUUUAUCAGUUCGAUAUGCCUAACUCAACUUUUCCUGCAGUCAUUUCAUUUGCAGACAAGAAAAAUUCUACCCCUGUCAUUACUGCUAAAUUCGGUGAUGAAAAUGAUGAAGACUUUGGUAUUCGUAUGGCCAACGCAGUCGAAGUAGAAGAAAUCGAUGUGAAUUUGUACAUGAGUAAGGAAUUAUGGUUACCUGCAGGUGCACGUGGUGCUUUUGGCGGUCAGAUUGUUGCUCAAGCUUUAAGAGCCGCUUUUUAUACAGUCGAAGAAGAAUUUGAUGUUCAUUCUCUUCAUAGUUACUUUAUUUUACCGGGAAAUGUUGAAAUGCCUGUCAUUUACCAAGUUCAACGUCUUCGUGACGGUAGAUCGUAUGCUACUCGUUUUGUAACAGCAUCCCAAGGAGGCAAGGCUAUCUUUGUCUGCAGUUUUGGUUUUGCUAAACCUGACAAGAACAUCCAAGUGACACAUCAAACACAAAUGCCAAAGGUUCCUGAACCUGAAACCCUUCCUUCUGAGGUUGAAUUAUUACAAAAGGCUUUAGAGAACAAGGAUUUACCACCUAAAUAUCAUGAACAUAUCAAACUUCGCAUUGAGGAAAGUUCUCCUGUUGAUUAUCGUGAAAUCAAUGUACCUUCACCUUCUUUUCAGGCUCAACGUUGGUUCAAGACAAGAGGUCACCUCGCCUCCGAUAAAAGACUUCAUGCCUGUGUGAUCGCCUAUGCUUCUGAUAGUGGUUUCAUUGGUGUAACUGCUAAAGCAAACGAUAUUCCUGCAACAAAAAUUGGUAUGUUGAUCAGUUUGGAUCAUGCUGUCUGGUUCCAUGCUCCUGCUAGAGCUGAUGAAUGGUUGCUUUAUGAUAUGCACAGUCCUCGUACAAACGAUGGUCGUGGUAUUGUGUUUGGCAGAAUCUAUAACAAGGACGGUAAAUUAAUCGCAACUACUGCACAAGAAGGUGUUGUUCGCUUAACAAAGAAAGAGAUUGAAAACCGCACAAAGCAAAUGAUACCCAAAGAGAGCAAAUUAUAGAUUUAAA